CGUAGUACGCACAAGACCGCACAACAAGGUUAUCUCAUUCCGCAGAUAGCGCUCGGUGAGAUCGCACGUUCGUCGCGACAAAUACGUGCCGUAUUUAUGAACGAGAAUUAAUAACAUAUUCCAGUGUUAAGUGUUAGUGACAUUUGUGUAUUAAAUAAAUUAAUUCACGUUUUAUGUAAUGUGAAAUAAUGACAAGUGUGUUAAAAAAAUCAAGAGGAACUAAAGGAAAAUCAGAAUCCAUGCAAGAAGAUUUGCCCACGAGAUGGGGGGUCAUCUCCUGCGAGGACAAGACGGAAGACAUUGAAAAACUGAUACGAUACAUCGAUGAUAAUGUUAUCGGCAAAGGAAACUCCUUUUGCGGUCCUUUUGGCAGGCGAAAAGUUGUGUACUGCGACUACAGUGGGUCUGGACGUGCCCUCCACUGGAUCGAGGAGUUCAUCGGCAGAGAGGUGCUGCCGAUUCACGCGACGCGAUGCACCGCGCUCUCACAUAGCUCUGGACAGAGCGAGAUUUACAGGUCAGAAUCAAAGACGAUAAUCCGCAAUGCAGUUGGCGCGUGCCCUGAAGAUGUGGUGGUGCUGGGAUCCUCGCUAUCGACGUUCUUGCGCACUCUUCGGCCUCAGAGGGUCGCUCUAUUCGUAUCCUCACGGGAGACCGAAACCCAGUUGACCCCAUGGCGUGAAUGUAAUGCGGAGAUCAUAAAAAUCCCAGAGACCAAAGAAGGUUUUAUAGAUUUAAAUAAUCUAGAGCAAAAGUUGCAAGAGAAUACAGGCACUGGCAAACGCAUGAUUGGUUUCUUUCCAGCUGCUUCUAAAUUGACAGGAGUUCUUGCUGACGAUGUAGCUACCACAUUACUCCUGCACCAGUAUGGAGCGUGGUCUUUCUGGGAUUAUACAUUAGUAGCUCCAACAACUACUGUUGACAUGAAUCCUACCUUCCCUGGAGUUGAUGAGGAGAUGGUGAAGAAAGACGCUAUGUUCUUCAAUUGUGAGAAGUUUGUUGGCGGAGUCCAAGGUCCGCAUGUAGUUGUGGUGAAGAAGGAAGUGUUUAAAAAUACGCCUGUCUUUUCUGAGGAUGUUGAGGUUUUGAGUGAAAGGAUUGAGGAGAUGAAAUCUACUGAGGCUGUAAGAGCUGCAAUUGUGAUGCAGUUGCGAGAUGCUGUUGGACUCCAAAACAUAGCUGAUAGACAGGAUAAUAUUACCAGACAAGUCCUUUCUCACAUCAAGAAUAUACCGGAGUUGAUUCUCCUCGGCAACGUGUCUCCCACUGUUCGAAGACUGCCCAUCUUCUCGCUCAUGGUCAAGCAUCCUAGAGGGACGUUCCUACACCACAACUUCGUCUGUGCAGUCCUCAACGAUGUAUUCGGUAUCCAGGCUAGAGGAGGACUUAAUAGUAAUCUCAACUAUGGCUCCGACGUCUUGGGAAUAGAUGACCAACUACUGAAAGAAUAUGAAAAGUUACUGGACGUUGAAGCACAAAAGGAGAUCGCGCGGGUUCGGAAACUAAGCGAUGUCAAAGCACCAGAAGUACCCAUACACAAUGAGCAUUUGCGUCCAGGGUUCUGCAGGGUUUCGCUGCCGUACUUCAUGUCUGAUACGGAGCUGGCUUUUGUCCUGGAAGCGUUGAAGAUGGUGGCGACUGAGGGCUGGAAGAUCCUGCCGCAGUAUGUCGUUAAUCCAGAGACGGGUCAGUGGAGGCAUCAUUCAUGCUCAGUCUUGAGAGACAGGAAGUCUUUACAUGCGCUCAGAUUUAAUGGUGGGAAAGUGACUAUGAGUGAAAGAAGGAUUUCUGGUCCCGGAAUUUUCCCUCAAACUUUCACGGAGUGUUUGCAGACUGCGAGAAACUUAUUCAAUAGAGCUAGAAAGUUGGCAAUGAAAUGUUCUACCGCUGAACCGGAAGUCAGUUUCAAUCCGCGCAUAGACUAUUUGCGUUGGUUCAUGUUGCCAAAAGAGGCUCAUGAUCUGUUAUUAGGUCGCUCGGCGAAUGUCAAACAUAUUGUGCCAUUUGACCCAUCAGGGUACACUGGAGCUAGAAAGAGUCUACAUCUCUCGCGAUCUUCCAUAACUUCUUCACCAAUACUUGGAUCGUCGGCAAGACAUUUCAGUCUUUCCGCUAUAGACGACUGUCAAAUAUUUAGGUUAAAACAGAAGACAAAAUUCUAUUCCCGAGAGUCAAGUCUCAGAGAAUCGCACAAGGAAGGCACGGUAACAAAUACACCACCAGUGCAAUUUGCUGUUGGUGAAUCAGUUUCUCCAUUGCGAUUGGGGCCUUCAAAGCAACCAUUGUUAGUGAGGUCCCGGUGCUAUAGUCUUGGAUCUGACACUCCUCCAGUACAACUGAGCGCACAAACUAAAAUGAACUUGGGCUUGAAAGAAACAAGUCCGAACAAUGUCAUUGAGAAAACAAAUAACUUCUGCAAUUGUGGAAGCCAAACCGAUCUAUUCUCAUUAGAUGAUCCCAUGAUCUCACCAGGAAAAUCAUUCCCGUACAGCACACAAAGCAGUACGUCUAUGUCUGACUGUAGCCAAGUCGGCCGUUCAUCUCCUACCACAUCAUUAACGUCUCACACUUCAGAUGAUCUUCAUGCUUACGUUAAAGAGAUGACCAAAGAAAUAGCGACGGAAAUAAAGUCUGAAAUAAGGGAGGUAAUAUCUAAAGUGGACGACAUUUUGGAAAAUUCUGAUGCCGUCGAACAAUCCAAUUUGAGCAUAAAUUCAACUUCUAGUCAAAAUGAAAAGAAUUCAGUAUCGGUUAUCGACGUGGCUGAAUACUUAAUGGGAAUGUCGAGGGAGAUGGCUUCAGAAGUAAAGCACGAAAUUCGCGAAAUGGUUAGUCAAGUGGAUGAAAUGAUUUCUCCGGAUUACGUAGGAAACUGCGCGAGGAAGAGUUCUCCUCCUCAAACUGGGCGCAGAAGAAUUGGCUCGGGGCCCGAAUUGGGACUAGAUUUGAGUAAGACCACACAAAGUCUGAGGAAGUGUCCUACAAGCCCAGUCCUUCCAUCUCAAUAUGACGAAGAGAAUGGUCGUUAUUGUAAACUAUCACCUCCGUCGCCGAAAUCAUCUCAGUGCACGCCUUCCCAUGAGGCGUCUGGACCCAACAGCAUCUCAUUCAACUCAAGUGAAACAUCUACUCCAGACACGAUCAUCCAGGUCGUCACUACUCAGAACUCGCCAAAUCUUCCAAAGUCUUUAAGCUCAAAUAAAUUGUCUGACGACGAAGCAAGCUGCAACGAUAUUAACUGUAGACACUGCUGCAUUAAGAAAACUUGGUGCCAAAACCCUUCAGUCAGUUCACAAGACAGCGGGAUUAACAUGACCUUCACAGAAACUGAUUCAUAUUUAGAUUUUGAUCCUACGCACAAAGGAAGAAAACUUCAGGGUAGACUGAGAAUGUGCCAAAAGCACGAGAAGAAUGAAGUGCCAGAUAUUAUCGAAGGUGUGCCAGUUUGUUCUGGAGAUCAUAUAACGAGACCUGUCAAGAGAUACGACACAGCUACUGAUCCUGCCAGGAUCGCGUUCCAGAUGCCAGAUGAUGCUGACAGACAGAACAGGGCGGCCGCGAUCGUAGAUUCAAAGAGAUCAAGUCGCUCGUCCAACGCCUCGUCCAGUUGUUCAGACCGCAGCUCUCGCUCCAGCGGUUACGGGACCGACCAGAGGCCUCAAGACGAGCGCUUCUAUGACAGGAGCAUGUCCGAGUGUCGUACCUUCAAACCGGAGUUCUGGGAGGAGGAACCAGACGACAGCAGCGCUUGCAGUGACAACUCCCUCACUGACUUCACGUUGGACGACGAGGGCAAGUGGCAGUGCCCUCCCAAGCCUAUCUGGAAGGCUACCGUCGAGGCUAUCCAGGAGUUCAACAUGGUGCGUCCCGGAGACAAGGUCCUGGUCUGCCUGUCCGGGGGCCGGGAGUCCAUCGCACUCCUCCACACGAUGCAUCAGUAUCAGUUCUACGCCAGAUCUAAAGGGAUCCAUUUCAGUAUUGGUGCUCUAUACGUACACGAACCUUCCGCCCAAGUCGAUCCCCUGCAUUUGAUGGCGUAUUGCAAAUCUCUUGGAGUCAAAUUCAUAUACCAAGAUAAAUUGGAAGAAGAUGAGUGCCAAAGCAGUCGCCGCGGCCACAUCUCGCGCUGGGCGCGGCGCGGCGUGCGGCGCGCGGCCUACAGCGCGGCGCGCGCGCACGGCUACGGCGCCGCCGCGCUCGCGCACACGCUCGACCACGCCGCCACCGCCUUCGUCGCCUCCGCCAUGCACGCCGGGGAGCUCAGCACCAUGAAGGCGCAUUACAGAAUCAGAGAGCACGAGGUGCGCAUCAUCCGUCCGCUGAUCUACGUGCGCGAGCGCGCGCUGCAGGCGUGGGCGUGCGCGCGCAGCCUGCCCGACUUCAGGCAGCACGACCAACCGCGGACUGACGCGCGGACUGACGCGCGGACUGACGCACGGACUGACGCACGGACACGCAGCGAAGAACCUAUCCUCGACAGAUCUAUAUCAGAGCCAUGCGGAUCUUCAGAGAAGCCCGCGACAGUGACAACAAGCCGUUCGCUAGAGGAGCCCCUCUCGGAGACCCUCGCAGACCCCCUCGACAGCGUGAGGGACCUACUCGCUAACCAGGAGAAUAUAUAUCCAUACUUAUUCGCCAGUCUGAAGAAUGCUUUACACCCGCUUAUUAGUGGCAGACAUUUUGACCAGAAGCAAAGAGAGCAUAGACAUAGAAAGAAGUCUGUGAUACAAAUGAAGAACGGGGCUCCGGUCUACGACUCGGACGAGGAGACGGAAGAGGAACCAGUGCCAUAGACAACUGUCAAAUCUCCCGCCAAAACGCGACACGUUUAUUAAAGUUGCUAUUUAUUAUAGAUCGUGUUUAUGAACGAUUUGUGAUUACUCAGUGAUUGUUUUACUUGUGAUGAAGUAUAUGUAACACGUUGAAAUGUUUAUGUAAUAGUUCGUAAGAUGUAAGAGAGCAUGCUUUAUUUUGAGGUUAAGUUUGUCCAGGGUUGCCAUGUUGAAGAAACUUUUGUUAUAAUAGUAUGUUUUUUAUUCUUACGAAUAACUGUGGAAUUGAAUAUAAAGUGCAUUUGUUACAGUCUGCUAAUAUUAAUGAAAUAUAUUUUUCAAUGUUGUUGAACGUUUUCAAGAGAUGUAUGUGAGACCGAGUCCUAUUUAUUCUGACGUAAUGUACGAAGAGAUAUAUAAAAUUAUAUAAGGUAGAUGUUUACUGUAAUAAUUUCGUUCCGGUACCUGUAGUAAUUAUGCGUCCUAAUAAGGGUACCUAACAAAAAAUAUAUAUUUUAUGGAUAUUUGAUUCAUUAUUAUAUUUACAUUUGAAUAUACACUUUUACAAGAGAAAAGUUAGCUUGUACAGCUAAACAUAUAUGAUUAGAUGUAGACUUCGCUUUUUCUAUAAUCAUUCGACAUGGCUAUUGGUUGUCUAUCUCUCUGUACGAAUAUAGGACUUAAGUGUAUGAGUAUAUAAUGUUUAAAAUACCGCCAUUUCCUAAAAAUAUUAUAAUUUCAUGAGCAAUGUAUACGUUUAAUACUUAGUUUUAGAAAAAGAGUUUUUAUUCUUAUAAGCGUGAACAUGAUGAGCCAGUGUCACUGGUCUUUUUUGAUAAUUUAAAAUAGAAAAAUGGCAAAUAAAUUGGAUGAUCUAAUGAGAGUGGCGGUAUUAAUUUCGUAUUUACAUCGAGUGUAAUUCGCUGUAUGAAUUUGUAAUAAUAAGUUGGCAACAUCAGCGACCAGCUUCCAUUUUGGCGGGAAAUCAAAAUGGAAUAUGGCCGCCGAUGUCAGACUGAUUUAGUUGGUGUGAUUUUUUCAUCUCAUUUUGUAUUGUUUAUCGUGCUGUAUGUCUUUUGUAUCGCCAUAUGUUUCUAAAAUAUAGAUUUAAGAAAUUCCUUUGUUUAAGAACAAUAUUUAAGAUUAUAACGAUGAAAGUCCCAUUAUUGCUUCCAUAUUGUAUUCAUAUACAUUGGACUUAUAAAAUAAAGAUAUGUUUUAAUGAAAA